UUUAACAGUGAAACUAGAUUAUGCAAGUAAAGUUAUGUUUACUCUGAAUUAUACAUCUUUAUAGACCCAAGCCAGAUCAGCUAAAACCUACCAUCUUGCAACAUGUUGAAAUGAUGUUUUGAUCUCAAGGGACUGUUCGAAGUGACGCAAUCCUCUGCUGUGAUGAGGAACUUGACAUUAUCUCUAGUCUUGAGUUUGAAUAGUCUCUCUGCUCUACAAGUGUAUAAAACCAACACACCAGGCUUUAUUAAUAGUUUUGAACUGUUAUUUAAAAACAUGGCAUCAAUGUUCACUUAUAUCUAGUCUAGUCUAGCCAAUAUCAGUGGUUCAUCAUUCGGAAAAGUUAAGUUAGUUUAUCUUUCAAAAGUGCCAUGGCUGAAAUGACAACUGCGACUGCGUGGAUCUGUAUUGUUCCAUUUUAUGCUGUGAACAAUGCCUCAAUUUACACAAAGGAAUGCGGAAGAACCACUUCCAUAUUCAAACCACUUCUCUUGUGAGUCUUGUAUGUUGGUGAAUAAGCGGGCAAUAGACAAGUAUAUUCUGUUAAACCAGUCACCGCAAGAGUGAGUCUCCCCAGUCCCCAUAAUGGCAGUGGGGCCACGCAGUAUAGAACUACAGGAGCGUCGUGUGCAACUAGUAGAGAGCUGGAGCCAAAAUGUCACCCACCUCCAGGAGCUUCUUUACCAGGUAGGGGCUCUUACUGAGGAGGACCUCAGCUUGGUGAGAGGGGGAGGUCGCCCGGGGGAGAGGGACUGCAUGAGGACUCUGCUGGAUGUGCUUCAUGGGCGUGGAGAGGAAGCCUGUCGAGCAUUCUUUCAUGUACUACAGUCACAGAGAGCCAACACAGAGUCAGAGUCUAUGCUAGCUGCUAUCCCACCUGAGGGCUCUGGAACCAGCAGCAGUGGCUCUGGUCCAACCAACAUGCAGGAGCACUUAAGGAAACACAAGGACAUAUUAGGCAGGCAGCACAGUCCCGUUGGUUACCUUAGUAUCAGGACUAGUUGCUGUAGUAGCUCAGAGAGUGUUGAUGAGCCUGGUUCAUUUACAGAUAUUACGUUGUCCAGGUGCGUGGGCUACUCUGUUCCCCUGCAGUACCACCAGCAUGAGGCAGCCAUGGUGUGUGAUGCCUUCCGGAGCCAGGACCAGGUCUGUACCUUUCAAGAUGUCUGCCAGAGUCUGCUGUCUGUUCCAGGAGACAACAUGUCUCUGCUCUCGGGGGUGGCUGGCAGUGGGAAGACCACCGUGGUUAUACGGCUGGUUUAUGAGUGGGCCAGGGACUCUGACUCCCAGAAGAUAGUCCUGUCCCUAUCCUUCAGAGAGCUCAAUCUGCUCAGUGAGCCUCAGAGCCUGCAGGAGCUUCUCCUGGUGCACUACAGCCACCUCAAACCUGUUCUGGCCCGGGUCGUUGACUCCCAACCCGGCCGGAUCCUGCUCAUCUUGGACGGGCUCGAUGAAUUCCGCUUCCCUCUGGACUUUGAACGGAGUCCCAAGUGCUCGGACCCGGAGCGGAGGCUGGGUAUGGGGGAGAUGGUGGUGAACCUGAUCAAGGGUCACCUCCUCCCCGGUAUCUCCAUCCUGGUCACAUCACGGCCCCACGCCGUCUCCAAGGUCCCUCCCCUGCUGGUGACCCAGCUAUACAGCGUCCUGGGCUUCUCCACAGACCAACAGAGGCACUACUUUGAGCACAGCUGCAGCGCUCCCCUGGUGGCCUCUGACGUGUGGGGCUACGUUUCCUCUCACCAGCCCCUCCAGCUCAUGUGUCGUAUACCGGCCUUCUGCUGGAUUGUCUCCACUGCCCUCCGUGACGGAGCCCCCUCCUGCUUUAGCCAAGUCACCACCACCACUCUGCCCAGUACAGCAAGGACAACGCCAGCAGGCUCCAGUGAUACCACCAGCAACGACAACAGCACUGAAAAAGCCACUCCAACCCCUUCCACCUUCUCCUCCACUGUUCCUCCACUGUUCCUCCACUGUUCCUCAAACCAGUAUGGAGAAAAAAAAAUGGUGAUGUCAAUGAGCUGCGAUGUCAAGCACAUCACCAUCACAGAGAUCUACUGCUGCUUCCUCAAGUCCAUCCUGGUGUUCCACGGAGAGGGCCGCAGUCAGGAAGGCUGCAGCCCGCAGCGUCUCCAGGAGGCCCCGCGGGUCCUACAGGAGAUGCGGCCCAUGCUGAGAGACCUGGGAGCCAUGGCCUUCCAGGGCCUACUGGAGCGGCACUUCCUCUUUGACCAGGCUGAUCUGAGCUCUUUCUCCCUGGACUGCAGUGGGCUGACCAAGGCCUUCCUGGUGGAGAUCCUCCAAGAGGACCGGGCCUCGCUCACCUACCAGAGGAGCUUCCACUUCCUCCACACUAGUGUACAGGAGUUCUUGGCUGCUCUGUACUACGUCCUGCAGGCCCUCUCCGGCUCAGACCCGUUCUCAGGGCUCAAGUCAGCCGUCGGUGUAGCCAUGUUUCCAGUUGCCCUGCACAAAGUGUUAACCUCCACUGCUAAUAAGCUGCUGAGGCCCAGACGGCUCCUGCGCAGAUACAUCAAGAAGGCUUUCUCCUGGGGUGGACACCAUCAGUCUGGUCACAUGGACCUCUUCUGCAGAUUUGUAUCUGGUCUAUUGGUACCUCAAACCCGUGUCAUCCUGGAUGGAUUAUUCCGAGGCAGAUCACAAAUACUCCCAUCUCUCUCCUCCUCCUCUCUAUCCCUGCCCUCUACUUCUCCUCCUCCCACCCCUCCCUUUCUCCUGAGCCUGCUCCACUCCCAGCUCCGAUGUGGCAGACUGAGUCCAGAGAGGCAGGUCAACGUGUGCCACUGCCUGUACGAGGCCCAGGACCCAGGCCUGGCGCAGCGUCUACAAGCCUGGCUGCAGGUCCUGGCCCAGCAACAGGUCCCAGACCAGUCUACCCCAGCCAAGAGAGACUGGAGCGAGCUGGCCUUCCUGCUGCAGCUGAACCCAGACCUGCAGGAUCUGAAUCUGGAGGCCCAGGGGCUGGACGCAGAGGGCCUGCACAGACUGUUGCCUGUACUCCCUCUCUUCAGCACCCUCAGGCUAGGGCAGAAUCCACUGGGUCCAGAGGGGGCAGUUGUGUUAGCCUGUGCCGUGCAGAGCCCAGACUGCCGUGUCGAGAGACUGUGGGUGGCGGAGACAGGACUGGGUUGUGAGGGACUCAUGGUGCUUACAGAAGGACUGAAAGACAACCACACAGUGGUCGACCUCAGGAUGGCCAUCAAUCACAUUGGCGAUGUGGGAGCGGGCUAUCUGGCGGAUCUACUGCGGACCAAUCAUACACUUAAAGAUGUCAGGCUCCGUGACAACCAGAUUACUGAUAAGGGAGCAGAACUCCUCAUGGAAGCACUGACUAAGAAUACCACUCUGGAACAUCUCUGGAUGUUUGACAACAAGUUAUCAAAGGAGGGAGUCAGGAAGCUGAAGGAGUUCGCCAGGAGCACGUCUCAUCUGGACAUCAAAGUGUGCAUCUGAUUUCAUCUGCCUUUCCUGUUGCUGAUGAUAGACUCCAAGUACUUUAUCAUUGGUGGAUGGUGUGGUUGUUUAUAAUUUGUGUGAUAUGGUACUUUUGCACAUAUACAUGGUAUGAAAGAUGUUAUUAGUAUUUAAUUCUUAUUUUUGUUCAAACAACUAAGAGUUUAUAUUUGGUUGUCAGGUUGUAAUAGGUCAAUGAAUGGAGCCAUAGGUCAAUGAAAUCGUCUGCAAUAGGUCUACACGUUUUUCCAAUAGGUUGCAUUCUUGUGUUGUCAGAAACGCCUCCAAGUAACGAGUUUAAACGUUUAAACAGCACUUCUAUGUAUGGCCAGCAGAGAGCAAUAGACCUGCAUACACAUAACCUACUGGAAAGCUAGGGUUAUAGUCUACUAUGUGCAAAUUAGAUGAUCAUGGUCACUCUCUAACAAAGUUGGGCAUUAAUGGGUUAACAAUAAUUUGUUGGUUGCCAACAAAAUUUCACUACAUAGAAUUAAUAUUGAAAUGUAUUAAGUUGAGGGUGACAAAAUUAAAUUGAGAGUAUUUCUUUAUUCUACCA